AUGUGUGUGUUCAUUGGUAAUAUAGAGUUUUUAGAUUGGAUUAUUGAGAAUGGAAAUUGUCCUGGUAUAGUUCUGGAUCGUGGGGUAAAUUUCAACGGUUCUUUAUGGCCCAUGUCCCAAGGGACUUUUGUUUUUAUCGAAACACCAAGUGAGAUCAAUAAAACCAUCUCAAUAUUGCUAUCGAUGCCGUUUUGGGACACCAAAUUAGCGUCGGUGAUUAUGAUAACAAGAAGAAUGCUAAAAGGCUUUUCUGUGGGGAAAUUUAUCGAUGACAUUUGUUCAAAUAAUUUGAGUAAUUUUGCUGUAACAUUUUUGCUGGAAGACUUGCCGGACUUACAGAUUUACAAGUACAAUCAUUUAGAUGAUAGGCAAAUUCAAAAACUUGCCUUAUCAGAAGUACAAAAAGCUUUUUCGAAGAAGACUUUAAAUUUCAAUCAUCAUCCUUUUAGAGGUGUAGGAUUUGAUUACAAACCUUUGUUUUUCCAAAUGAAUAACACAUGGGUGGGCGAUGAUUAUUACAACUACGUUACAUACUCUUCGAUGCUCAAGGCAACUGAAAGUAUUUUGGAAGUUUAUUUUUUUGCUGCUGCUCAAACUUGUUUGGAACAAAAUAAAGCUGAUUUUAUAAUUGUUAGUACUUUUAGAACAAAACUAUAUAAUGAUGUAGAUUUAACAUAUCCUCAUGGUAUUGAUAAGCUGGUUCUGCUCAUACCAGAAGACCCAAAGGUGCCUGGUUAUAUCAGCUUUUGGAGUAUAGCUGAUAAAUACUCCUGGACUUGUACCUUUGUAUCUUUUUUAUUUGUAGUGUUUGUUUUAAAACUCUUGGGCAGAAAAACUCAAUUUCAAAAUAAUUACAUCACUUUAGCUUGGAGGGUACUGUUUCUAUCCAGUGUACCGCAUUUGUCUGCUGUUAAAUGGAAACUAAAACUAUUUAUAGCCUUGUGGGUAUUUACUUCAAUCAUUUUGAUGACAACGUUUAGCACUUCUCUCACAAGCAGGCUUAUUUCUCAUAAUAAACAGUAUAAAUUACAGAAAAUCAGUGAAGUUAAAGACCUUAAUGUUUCUAUUUAUACGAUGGACUAUUUUGCUUCAGUAGUGCCACCCGAAUUGGGCUUUGCACCGAAUUUUAUUAUCAGCGAAUUCAAUAAUUACUCCUUCAUGACAGGGCAUUUGCAACCAGGCUCAUACUACCUUCUGAGAGAAGAUAUGGCCAAAUUUUAUAGUAUAUAUAUACUGGACGAUAACAAGGAACCACUAUUUUAUAUUUUGGAUGAAGCAUUCACGUAUGGUUUGAAACAAUACAUUCUUAAGAAAAAUUCACCCUAUUUGAGUAUGGUCAAUAAAAUUGUACUUUUGGAGAGGGAAUUUCAACUUGGUGCAGUGUUUAGAAACAAAAUAAAAAACAGGGCUGUCAAUACCAUAUUAAACAUGCAUUGUAUUAAAUCUUCGCCACAACUAAUUGAAAAUGAUUACUUUGCUAUUUUAAAAGAAUUCUUUACCUAUCACUCUAAUGCCAUUCGAAAAUUGAGCAUGUGUGUGUUCAUUGGUAAUAUAGAGUGUUUAGAUUGGAUUAUUGAGGAUGGAAAUUGUCCUGGAAUAGUUCUGGAUCGUGGGGUGAAUUUCAACGGUUCUUUAUGGCCCAUGUCCCAAGGGGCUUUUGUUUUUAUCGAAACACCAAGUGAGAUCAAUAAAACAAUCUCAAUAUUGCUAUCGAUGCCGUUUUGGAACACCAAAUUAGCGUCGGUGAUUAUGAUAACAAGAAGAAUGCUAAAAGGCUUUUCUGUGGGGAAAUUUAUCGAUGACAUUUGUUCAAAUAAUUUGAGUAAUUUUGCUGUAACAUUUUUGCUGGAAGACUUGCCGGACUUACAGAUUUACAAGUACAAUCAUUUAGAUGAUAGGCAAAUUCAAAAACUUGCCUUAUCAGAAGUACAAAAAGCUUUUUCGAAGAAGACUUUAAAUUUCAAUCAUCAUCCUUUUAGAGGUGUAGGAUUUGAUUACAAACCUUUGUUUUUCCAAAUGAAUAACACAUGGGUGGGCGAUGAUUAUUACAACUACGUUACAUACUCUUCGAUGCUCAAGGCAACUGAAAGUAUUUUGGAAGUUGAUUUUUUUGCUGCUGCUCAAACUUGUUUACAACAAAAUAAAGGUGAUUUUAUAAUUGUUAGUACUUUUAGAACAAAACUAUAUAAUGAUGUAGAUUUAACAUAUCCACAUGGUAUUGAUAAGCUGGUUCUGCUGAUACCAGAAGACCCAAAGGUGCCUGGUUAUAUCAGCUUUUGGAGUAUAGCUGAUAAAUACUCCUGGGCGUGUACCUUUUUAUCUUUUUUAUUUGUGGUGUUUGUUUUAAAAUUUUUGGGCAGAAAAACUCAAUUUCAAAAUAAUUACAUCACUUUAGCUUGGAGGGUCCUGUUUCUAACCAGUGUACCGCAUUUGUCUGCUGUUAAAUGGAAACUAAAACUAUUUAUAGCCUUGUGGAUAUUUACUUCAAUCAUUUUGAUGACAACUUUCAGCAGUUCUCUCACAAGCAGGCUUAUUUCUCAUAAUAAACAGUAUAAAUUACAGAAAAUCAGUGAAGUUAAAGACCUUAAUGUUUCUAUUUACACGAUAGACUAUUUUGCUUCAGUAGUCCCACCCGAAUUGGGGCUUGCACCGAAUUUUAUUAUCAGCAAAUUUAAUAAUUACUCCUUCAUGACAGGGCAUUUGCAACCGGGCUCAUAUUACCUUCUAAGGGAAGAUAUGGCCAAAUAUUAUAGUAUAUAUUUACUGGACGAUAACAAGGAACCACUAUUUUAUAUUUUGGAUGAAGCAUUCACGUAUGGUUUGAAACAAUACAUUCUUAAGAAAAAUUCACCCUAUUUGAGUAUGGUCAAUAAAAUUGUACUUUUGGAGAGGGAAUUUCAACUUGGUGCAGUGUUUAGAAACAAAAUAAAAAACAGGGCUGUCAAUACCAGUGAAAUAGUUGUUCACAAAUGCAAUGUUUUUAAAUUAAAUAUACAUUUUUAA